GCCGUUUUCCUCAGCGCAGCCGGCGGGGAUGGAGGCGGCGGCGGGUGGCGGCGAAGGGCCGGGCUGCGGCUGCAAGGGGAUCCGCUCCUGCCUGCUCUGCGAGGGGCCCGCGCAGGCCGCUCCGCCCCCGCAGGGAGAAGAUAAUUUCACUUACUGUCCAGAAACAGGCCUAGCUAAAGGGAAUGAGCACUCGGCAUUUGCUGGCUGGGCAUUUCCAUUUCCAGGGGUGUUUCUGAAGGAGGAGUUCAUUAGCAAAGAUGAAGAAUCUGAGAUAGUUGAACUGAUGGAUCGAGAUGACUGGAAACCAUCACAGUCUGGCCGAAAGAAACAGGACUAUGGACCCAAAGUGAACUUCAAGAAACAAAGGCUGAAAGCUGGCAGCUUUACGGGUUUGCCAAGCUUCAGUAAAAAGAUUGUGGCACAAAUGAAGGCCUGCCCUGUGCUAGGAGGUUUCUUACCUGUCGAACAAUGUAAUCUGGACUACAUGCCUGAAAGAGGUUCUGCCAUCGACCCCCAUUUUGAUGACUGGUGGCUUUGGGGAGAGCGUCUUGUUAGCUUAAACUUGCUUUCAAAAACCGUGCUAUCCAUGUCUUGUGAUUCAGAGGACAGUAUCCAAUUAUUUCCCGCUUUCAGUAAAGAAAACGGGGAAUUAAGUCCCCCUGGAUCUUUUACACAGACGUCAGCGUGCAAGAAUUCAGGCGAAGAGGGAAUCAACUGCGUUUUAUCCCCAAGGCUUGUUCCAAGUAAAGAGGUGACUGUUGCCAUUCACUUACCCCAGAGGUCUCUGGUGGUGCUGUAUGGUGACGCACGGUACAAGUGGAAACACGCGAUUUACCGCAAGCAUAUAGAGCACCGCCGAAUCUGUGUCACGUUCAGGGAGCUGUCUGCAGAGUUCAGCGCCGGCGGAAGGCAAGAGAAACUGGGUAAAGAACUGCUAGAAAUAGCUCUUUCAUUUCGAGGAAGACCAGUGUGAUCAGCAAGAGGAAGCCAGAAUUGCAUUUUGUUAGGAAAUUUGAAAAAUAAAGCACAGAAUUUGUACAACUCAGUUUAUUUCUGACGCGUGCGUAAGGAACCGGGUGUGUACGGAGAUAAGCUCAAAUCAAAUGGAAAUUUAACAAACAGAAAUGAGAGAGUGCAAGGAAGGGGGGGGGCUGCUUGUUUGUUUGAAGACUGUCCUGGGCAAUGGGAGCUUUUAGGCGAAAGUCAGAGGUGAGCUGUUGUAUUCAUUAGCUUGUUGUAACAAAAUACAAAAAGCAAGUAGCCAGUUCUUAAACACUCAAAUUAAACCAAGAAAGAAACUUGGAAUCAUUGAACUGAGCUGCAUAUCAAAUGGCCCUUGGCAUACAUUCAGCCCAAGCCCUGCAGCAGAUUUUUAACCUUUCCUGGCCCGUUCUCGGUUCCCUCAUACCGCUUUUGGCGCUGCACUGUGCCGUAGGGACACAACUACCUUCUCACCCGCUUCAGAUAGGUCCUUUAGAGAGCAGCUCUCCAGGGGAGGAGGGUAAGCAAGCAUCCCCCCACAGAUAAUACAACACACUGAGAACUAAUUAAAGUAAUUAUCCUUUGCUGAAGAGUCAUGCUCUAACAGUGAGGAUUAAUCGUAAAUGCUGUGUGUGACCUAUAUCUUCUGGGACCCAAGAGCAGCAUUUGCAGAGGGGCGAUGCCGGCUCUGGUGCAGAGACAGCUUGGGCAGAGUUCAGCCCAAAGACCUGCACAGACUGUGUUAUUUCCUGAUCGUUUGUCAUCUCUGAACCCCGCUGUCAACUCUCAGUAGCAGGAGGCUGAUUUUU